GUGAAGAUUUCCAGCUUUCCCAAGCCAGGUGUACGUGCGAGUACAACACCGGUAUCACCCAGGCUAGCUACGACAAGGAGCUCACUGAUAUCGUCCCUGGAUUGUACUCCAACUAGGCAAAAUGCGGACAACGACUUACUUACCCGUCCUUGGCCUCGCCGCGAGCGCCGCUGCCGCUUGUAAUGGAAAUGAUGCAUAUUGCGAUAGACGGUACAGCGAGAUCACCUUUGCUGGGUCGCAUAACUCGGGCUUCGUCGGUAUUGGACCAUCGGAUAAUCAGCUCACAUCGGUUACAGCACAGCUUGACCAAGGCAUUCGAUUUCUAACAACCCAGACACACGAUAAAGACGGUGUCAUUCAGAUGUGCCACACGUCAUGCGCUCUAUUGGAUGCUGGUCCUCUUCAAGAUUACCUUGGCACCGUGAAGACGUGGGUUGAUGGUCAUCCGGAUGACGUGGUAACACUCCUCAUUACGAACGGAGACGCCAUUGAUAUCGUCAAAUUCGACGACGCCUUUAAGGCUGUAGGCUUGGACGCGUAUACCUUUACGCCUCCAGGUACGCUCGGAUUAGAUGAUUGGCCGACGCUGGGAGACCUGAUAUCUAGCAACAACCGAGUUAUCGUGUUUAUGGACUACAAUUCCGAUACUGGGAAAGUCCCAUACAUCCUCGAUGAAUUCGCGUACUACUUUGAGACGCCAUUUGACCCUCUUGAGGACCAGUUGAGCGGGUGUAACGUUGACCGGCCUGCCGGUGCCUCUGCUGACGGUCGAAUGAUCCUCGCAAACCACAACAGGAAUUACGAAGUCCUCGGGAUCAACCUUCCCGACCUCGCCCACGCAGGCGACACCAACUCAGUCGAUUCUAUCACGGCACAAACGAAUACUUGCAAUUCAAUGCAUGGGCGUAUCCCCAAUGUAGUACUUCUCGAUUAUGUUUCUAUUGGUCAAGUUAUCGAUGCCCAAAACCAGUUAAAUGAUGUCUAGGGUCUACAUAUCUUGUAUGAUAUUUGAUUCUAUAUAUAUAUGAAAGAAACGCUUGUAUAUAUGACACAAAUGAUGACAUGAGUAUGAUUGAUUCAUGGCGUAC